AUGUCUUCCGCCUCUGAAAAGACGCCCCUCGCAGGCACUCCGGCCAAGUACCAGCGCGCCCCACCUCCGCCUCAACGCCCCACUCGAGCCAUCCACCUCUCGCUCACUAUCCUCAUCCUCGGCUUCGUCGUCUUCUACGCCCAGCGGACCGGCAAGAAGGUCUCACCCACCAUAUAUGGUCUGAAACCGGCACAUCAGCCGCUGCCGAGCACGUAUGGGAUAUGUACGAAAGAUAGGCUGGGGAUCUAUACUGUACCAGAGGAGUCCGGGCUAGGAGCGGUGGAGUGCGUGGUAGUCAGUGGUAAGGAGGUAGUAGAUACUGGAUCGCUUAACAGGAUACGGAGGAGAUGGGGUGAUAAAGCUGGGAUCGGCGGUGUUGACCAGUCUCCUGCCGAAAUGAGGAAAGCUGGGGGACUGCAAAUCCUCUACCUUCAGGAGGGACACACCAUGACACCAGGCCUGAUAGACGCCCAUGGGCAUGUCCUCGAAUAUGGCUUCUACGCCCAGCUCCCCUUGCUCGGCGCCCGGUCAACCGAAGAAAUCGUCAACAAGGUGGAAUUCUUCCUCGCGAACGAAGGUGAGGAUCUGCCCGCUGGAAGCUGGAUUGAGGGAAUGGGAUGGGACCAGAAUCUCUUCCCCUCGAAAUCCUUCCCCACGGCGGAUGACCUCGAGACCAGCCCGUCGUUACGCGGGAAGAAGAUCUGCCUGGCUCGAGUGGACGUACAUGCUGCUUGGGUCAGCCGGGCGGUGCUUGAUGAGCUAGAGAGCAGGCCGGGCGGGCUGCCCGAGACCGUCGAAGGGGGUUUGAUCGUGCGGGACGAGAAGGGCAGGCCGACGGGUGUCUUUGUCGACAAUGCGAUGGACCUCAUCAACGAGAUCAAGCCAGUAUGGACCGAUGCUCAACGCCAUCUCUUCCUGAAGCGCAUGUCGGACGAAGCUCUCAGGCGGGGCUUGACUGGGGUGCACAACGCGCGAACAGGCAAAGCCGAUGUAGACUUCUACGUCAAGGUGGCCGACUCAGGCGACCUCCCCCUCCGCUUCAACUUGAUGGUCUUCUGCCUCACCCCGACCGACUACUGCGGUGAUGAUUUCUCUCGGGUCUCCAAUGCAGGAGAUGGCAGACUAAACGUUCACUCGAACGUCCACACGAUCGGCGACCGAAGUAACCAUGUCAUUCUUGACGCAAUCGAGGCCGUUAUACGCUCCAAUCCCGCUGUCGACUCGACGAGGCGUUUCAGGCUAGAACAUGCGCAGAUCAUGACUCCGUCUGACUUGGAACGAGCGGUCAGACUUGGAGUCAUCGCUAGCUACCAGCCAACACAUGCUACAAGUGACAUGUGGUAUGCCGAGGACCGCCUCGGCAAAGAACGACUGAAGGGAGCCUACGCUUGGCAGUCGUAUCUGAAAGCCGGUGGCAGGAUCGCCCUCGGAUCAGACUUCCCCGUCGAAUCGCUCGACCCCCUCAAGGGGUUCUACGCAGCUACGACCCGGCUGUCUGAGAAGGGUACAUCGCCACACGGUCCCGACGGAUGGAUCCCGGAAGAGAAGUUGAGCCGCGCACAGGCGCUGAGGGGCUUCACGGUGGAUGCGGCAUAUGCGGGCCUCUCCAAUAUGACGGGCUCGCUCACCCCUGGCAAACGGUUCGACGCGGUGAUCUGGGACGACGAUCUCAUAGAGGUGCCACAGAACGAGAUGCUGGAGAUCCAGGUAGUAGCGACCAUCAUGGACGGCCAGAUCGUCUAUGGUGCUCUAGAAGUGUAG